AUGCUGCUGCCUGGCACGCGCCUGGCCCUCAGGCCUCUCCGCUGCUUCCGAGCUGUGAGCCGCCUGCCCGCGCGCUCCCUCAUGGAUCUCCGGGAGCUCGUUCCUGCCCUGAAUGACUUUGCAUCCCUCUCUCUGGCCGAAAGCUGGGACAAUGUGGGGCUGCUGGUGGAACCAAGUCCUCCCCACGCUGUGAACACGCUUUUCCUCACCAACGAUCUCACGGAGGCGGUGAUGGAAGAGGCAGUGCAGAAGGCGGCAGACCUGAUUCUUUCGUACCACCCUCCCAUCUUCACACCGCUCAAGCGAGUAACGUGGAGGACCUGGAAGGAACGGCUGGUGGUCCGAGCCCUGGAGCACAGAAUCGGGAUUUACUCUCCGCACACGGCGUACGAUGCCGCCCCUCAUGGAGUCAACGACUGGCUGACAAAGGGACUCG